UACAACCCGGCCUUGUCAUCCAACACAUAUGACUUUCUCCACGCCAUGGUUGAUUCGCUUACUGAGUACGUCUUGAUGCUGGUACGCUCUGAGGGCAACAACAACGUCGGGAGGCCUGCCAACCCCCAAGACAGAGAGAGAGAAGCAGACAACAACCGUGAAAGUCCCCCUAUCAUCCUGAAUGUGUCCUUCUCUUUCUCGGAUGAGGCACCUGGGCCCAGAAGGAACGGCUGAGAAGUGAUGAGAAGUGCCUAGUGGGAAGCCUCUGAGGCUUAGCCAGGGCCAUGAUGUCUCAUGGAAGGGGAGGCCCCACUGUUGUCAGCAACAAACGCUAAUAAAGGCUUUCAAUCAUGCAAUA